AUGUCGUUCAACGAGAUCCGCGGCCGUCUGGCCCUCAUCACUGGCGCAUCGGGAGGAAUCGGAUCAGCCUGUGCAGACCAGCUCGCACAACAUGGCGUUCACCUCGCCCUCACCUACUCAACCAACCUCGACGCCAUGAACGCAGUCGUAAAAGACCUGCAAUCCAAAUACGCAGAGCACAAGCUCCGCAUCUCCAUCCACCAAGUCGACGUCGGCUCCGCCGACCAAAUUGAAUCCAUGUUCCAGCAAAUUGACAAAGAGCAUGGCCAGCGACCGGACAUUCUCGUCUCCAACGCUGGAUAUGGCAAGCGCUACCCUAACGUGUGGGAAAUUACCCUUGAGGAAUUCGAUUACACAUUAAACAUUAACCUGCGCGCCUCGUUCAUCCUUGUCAAGGGUGUGGUGGAGCAUAUGAAAGCCCAGCGCUGGGGGCGUAUCGUGUUUAUGUCCUCGAUUGCCGCGCAAGGAGGUGGUAUUAAUGGAUGUCGUGCGUCAACCCCAUCACUCUCCCAUUCUUUACCCACCUCGUUCGAUCUCAAGUCUAAUCAUCUCUCUGCAAUUACAGACUACGCCGCAUCCAAGGGCGGACUCACCGGCAUGAUGAAGAAUCUCUCCACUCGCCUCGCCGAGUUCAAUAUCAGCGUCAACGACGUUGCCCCCGCUAUGAUCGGCGACACGGGUAUGAUCCCUAAUGCGGCGGCGAUCCCGGAGGUUGCGGCUGGUAUCCCGUUGCAAAGGCUAGGUACACCGGAGGAGACGGCUAAUGUUGUCACUAUGCUGUGUAAAACGGGGUAUAUGACUGGUCAGAGUCUCCUGCUGGCUGGGGGGUUGAAAUAG